AUGUCCGACACCGAGAUGGCCGACGCCUCGGCGCCCGCCUCGCCCAACGGCCUCAAUGGCCACGCCGAGGGCGCCAAUGGCGACUCGUCCGGCCCGUCGUCGCGGCCAGCACCGCGCGUCAUCUCUGAUGAGCAGCGUGCCGAGGCGGCGGCGGCCAAGGACCGCGGCAACGCUGCGUUCCGGGCAGGGCAGCAUGCGGAGGCAGAGCGGCUGUACACCGAGGCCAUCGAGGCGAACCCGGAGGAGCCGACGUACUGGACGAACCGCGGCGCCGCGCUCAUGUCGCAGAAGCGGCAUCGUGCCGCACUGGCCGACUGCGUCAAGGGCGUCGCGAUGCUGCCGGCGCCCGAGGCCAAGCUGCUGCUGCGCCUGGCGCGCUGCCACUUUAACGUCGGCGAGCUGGCGCAGGCCGAGACGGCGCUGGGGCGCAUUCUCGACUCCAACGGCGCAGACCCGACGUACGCGCCGGCCAAGCACCUGCGCGCCGACGUGCGGCGCACGCAGUCGUACCUGGACCAGUUUGCGCGUGACCUCAAGGCGCAGCAGUGGGGCGCCGCCAAUAUGGCCAUCUCCGAGGCAGAGCGCAGCGUCUCGGAGAUUCCGCCGGCGUGGCGUCUGAUGCGCGCCGACGUGCUGCUGCGGCGCGGCGACCUCGACGGCGCCAACAUUGCCGCGUCGGACGUGCUGCGCCGCGACCAGAAUGACCCGGACGCACUGCUGAUGCGCGGCCGCAUCCUCUGUGCGCGCGGCUCGGAGAUGGAGAAGGCCAUCAAGCACGCCCAGGCGGCGCUGCGCUCUGAUCCUGAGAACAAGGGCGCUCGCGCGCUCAUGAAGCGCUGCCGCAAGCUGGAGGCGGCGAAGGUGGCGGCCAAUGAGGCAUUCAAGGCGGGACGGCAUCAGGAGGCAGUGAAGCUCUCACACGCAUGCGUCAGCUACACUGAGGCCAUGGGCAUGGCGGACGAGGACGCCGCGACGGAGGGCGAGUCGGCUGGGUUCAAGGCGAUCCUCUACUCGAACAGAGCCACCGCGCAGUCCAAGCUCGGGAAUAACGACGAGGCCGUGGCAGACUGCAACGCAGCGCUCCAGCUCAACUCGGGCUACGUCAAGGCGAUCCGGACACGCGCGCGCGCCAACCUGGCGCGCGAGGCGUACGAGGACGCCGUGAACGACUUCAAGAAGGCGCUCGAGGAGAGCGAGACGUCGGGCACGCCGGCCGACGUCGCCAGCCUGAAGAAGGAGCUGCGCGGCGCUGAGAUCGACCUGAAGCGCAGCAAGAAGAAGGAGUGCGUGUGUGCCUACUACAAGAUCCUGGGCGUGUCGAAGGACGCCAACUCGACCGAGAUCAAGAAGGCCUACCGGAAAGAGUCGCUCAAGCACCACCCCGACAAGGGCGGCGACGAGGAAAAGUUCAAGCUCUGCAACGAGGCCUUUGGCAUUCUCAGCGACGACCAGAAGCGCGCGCGCUACGACGCCGGCGCCGACGACCCGGAGAACGAGUCGCCGUUCGGCGGCGGUGGGGGCGGCUUUGGCCCAGAGGUGAACCUGGCAGACCUCUUUGGCGGUGCCGGCGGCAUGGGCGGCAUGGGCGGCUUCGGCGGAGGCAUGGGCGGCUUCCCCGGCGCCGGCGGGCCCUUUGGCGGCGGCGGCCACCAUCACCACGGAGGCAACCCCUUCGGCGGCGCAGGCGGCAGCAGGCGGCGCGGCUUCGACACGCAUUUUGGAUAG